CAUCCUCGGGUGAAAGGGCCACAAGCGAUUUUUCGACGCCUCAUCCAUCCAAUUCCCCCUUUCGUGCCCAGCCCAUGGGUUGUUUGGCUAUUUUUUUUCUUUUUAUCCUUGCUUGUGUUCAAUUCACUCCUUCAAUUUCUUGUGCAUAUUAUCCCGUCUGUUGGUGCCGCUCAUCGUCCUAAAUUUUCGACAACGGACAGCGCGGGGCUUUUUCGUCUACAGCGCAAAUAAAUAUUUAGAGAUACACGGCAUCCACCCGAACCGUCUUUCUGCAGCUACGCUAGCUAGCCUGCCUUCCAACCGCCCGCCAUGGCCUUAUCCCCAAGCGAACUAUGCACCUCUCAACUCAACCGCGCUUCGCCUUCCCCGAUCUCCGCCAAUGAAGACGACUACUCCUCAGCGCAAGCAUCUGGCAGGGAGGGCAGCGAUGAUGUUCGCCCUCGGAGACGCCGGCGGCAUUCGUCGUACUUUCCGCAGAGGCGCAAAUCCAUCGUCAACCACAUUAUGGAUGGCGAGGAGCACAUUCUCCUCAAGGUCGAUUUAUUCCUGACGGAACUCGAAAGGCGCUUGGAUUUCCUCGAAAGCUACGGCGAGAUCAGCCUGGACGCGAGCAUCGCAAGGGCUUACAACACACUGCAGGCUGUGCGGACAGGCUGCUCUCAUGUCUCGGAGGAAGUCAUCGGCGCCGGUCGUCGGAGGGUACAUAUCAUGGUUGAGACGUUGGAGGCCAGAUAUCAGGAUGCUCUUGCGGCGGCCGACUCGCUGCAUGAAAAAGCAUGUGUCGGCAUAGAUCUGCUGGACACGAUGCUUUCGGACUUUGAGGACCAUGCCUCCAAGUUCCGGGAGCGCAGUCUAGCCAACGCUGCUGAUGCCGCUGGUGCGUUCAUGGGCGAGGGCCGGAGAGUUGUGGACGAGGGUAUCGGUCGUGCCAGGGAGGUUGUCGACGAGGGUUUUGCGGCGGCCAAGUGGGCCGCAGAGUCGUUGGAGGAUCAUAUCCAACGGGCGGUUGCCAGGGCCGGCAAACAUGGUCUUAUCCGGUACGAGGAUCUUCCCAUGCCGUGGCGGACCAACCCGCACAUCCUCAAGGGGUACCGCUUCAGCGAGACAAAGCUGGCUUGUAUCAAGUCGGGCAUGUUUGGCAUCUCCAACGAACUCGUCAAUAUCUGGUCGCAUGCCCUGGGCCUUGUCCUCGUCCUGGCUGUGGCCUUUUAUUUCUACCCGACAUCACCCAACUUUUCACUCAGCACCAAGACGGACGUGUUCAUCGCGGCUGUCUUCUUCUUUGCGGCAUGCCAGUGUCUCGUCUGCAGCACGAUCUGGCACACAAUGAACUCGAUCGCGGACGCGCACCUCAUCAGCUCGUUGGCCUGUGUUGACUACACUGGUAUAUCGAUGCUGAUCGCUGCGAGCAUCAUGACAACCGAGUACACGGCUUUCUACUGCGACCCAGUGAGCCGUUGGAUCUACAUGAGCUUGACGGCCAUCCUUGGCAUUGGCGGCGUCAUCCUGCCGUGGCACCCGCGCUUCAACGGUGCAGACAUGGCCUGGGCUCGAGUGGCUUUCUACGUCUCCCUCGGCGCCACUGGCUUCUUGCCCAUACUGCAGCUGAGCCUCACCCGUGGUGCUGAUUACGUCUACGAGUUCUACACACCAAUCGCCGAAAGCAUCGCAGUUUACGUCUUUGGUGCACUCAUCUACGCCAGCAAGAUCCCCGAGAGGUGGUACCCGGGCUGCUUCGACUACUUUGGAGGCAGCCACAACCUCUGGCACUUGGCAGUGCUGGGCGGUAUCGUAUUCCACUACAUUGCUAUGCAGGAGUUCUUCUCCACAGCCUUCAAGCAUGCGGAGGCUGGUUGCGGAGCAUACUAACUUUCCUUUGUUAUGAUUUACAUGGCUUGGUAAUUUCGUUCUCUUUUUUUUUGCAUCGGGUGGUGGCCUUAUCACACCAGGGAGUUUGGGUGGCCUAUACUUUGCCAUUAUUUCCUUUGUUCCGUGCGGCAUGAGCACAUCGCAGUUACUGCGUAGACCUAGACCACGCUCAAGAGGCAUCUGCUGGUUGUAUUAAAGGUUACGUCUUUGACUUGUUUAGAUGUUUUUUUUUCUUUUUUACUCAUUGGCUGUUUGAUAAAACUGUUACGAUGAGGACGACAGACUGGGCUUUACUUUGCUUUGUCUUGGUGGUGUGGAAGGGACGUUAAUAUGAGCACAUGUCCAUCUUGGGUACAGCGUUGUUUGUGCUUUUCUGUAUGUCUUGCUUAUUUUCCAUAUCACUCUGUGACGUUUGGCCUUGGUACGGGCUCGAGAUGCUAGAAUUGCAUUCUUGUAACAAACUAGACCUAAUAUUAGAUUAUCGGCAAGAAAUUAUGUCAGCGGCCACGCAACCGUUGGGUUUAGACCCUGACAAACUAUUAUAGUUGUGG